CUUGGACCUCCGCACACCCUGCGGGAUGGAUGCGAAGCCCGAAAGGGUGUCACAGGUCCCGGGCAGAAUCAGCUCCUCUGGUGUGCUUCUUCUCUACAGCUAGUGUCAGCCACGUACAGAGCGAUGAUCACACCAGCAGGCGCCAUGCAGACGCCUGAUCGAUUAAAUGCUGCAUGAAGAUUUUGAACCCUCUUUCCAAGUUGCAGCCUCAAGCAGCCAGCCUUCACCUGCGCUGGUUUGCUCUCCUCUACUGACGUUCUGCUGAGAAAUGCUGUUGUCCCAGUUGUCCAGGCGGUUUGCUCUCGCUGCACUCCCUGCACUUGUUGGUUUCGGCGCCAUGGCUUCCUCCCACCCGUCCAAAGCUGCGUCCGAUGCAGAGUCUGUCCCUGGGGACUCCAUGUCCGUCAAAACCACUCUGCUGGACAAGGGCGCCGGCGUCAUACAGGGCGUCAUGCAGAACCUGCAACCCGUCAAGAAGAUCCACAUGCACCUCUGCGCUUUCCACCUGUACGCCCACGACUUGACUCGCCAGGUGGAGGCGCACCACUUCUGUUCGCAUCUCAAUGAGGACAUCCAGCAGUGCGUCAUCUAUGACACAGACGAGUCGAACGCGCGGCUCAUUGGCGUUGAGUACGUCAUCAAGGAGGAGAUUUUCGCGACACUGCCCCCUGAAGAGAAGAAGUUAUGGCACUCACACGAAUACGAGGUCAAGAGCGGCGAACUGGUGUUGCCGGGCCUCCCCAAGGUGGCCGAGCAGGCCGUGCUGCGCAAGCUGGCCAAGACGUACGGGAAGACGUGGCACUUCUGGCAGUAUGAUAGGGGCGACCAGCUACCCCUGGGUCUGCCGCAGCUGAUGGCCGCCGUAACGCACGACGGUCAGCUAGACCUGAAGGUCGUGGAGGAGCGUGACCGGCGUUACGGCGUCAGCACUGCCGACCGGAAGAAGGAACGGCAAGAUAUCGAGGGGCCGGCGAAGAUCGACCCCGACGCCGACUAUCCUCACCGGACGGGAAAGGGGCUGCAGGUCGUGCUGAUGCCAGAGGAGGAGCUGCAGCUGCCACGUCAUCUCUAGGUGCCACGUGGCACUCGAUAGAGACACUGUAGCGAGGAGGUCGGAGCCACGUCAUUGAGCGGAUCAUAACUGAGAGUUUUCAUUGUUGGAACGCUUUGCGGUCCGAGCUGUUUUGAAGAUCUGGGACAGUUCGAACCGAAACUGGAAGCUAACCGCGGAACCAUUCUGUUCAACGUUGAAGAGAGGCAGUAGAGAAUAGCAAUAGCAUAGGCCUCCGCAACUAAUGUACCAUAAGGGCGAUCCGCAAGGAGUUGCCGCAAUUAUACAGAUAUAGAGACCUGCAGCUAGCUAGAAAAGUCGUGCAUGCUUGCGCGACCAAAGCAAGCGACGUUUUGGUGCAUUUGAAGUCGCAAUGAUAAGCUUUUCCAGGGGCGUCUUUGUACGGGAAGUGUCUAGCAAGUGUGCGGAUAGUGACUGGUUGUACAGCAGUCAGAACACAAACAAUCCGUCGCGCCCUUAUGGGCUGGCCAAAGCCGUCUCCUGUCUCUGAGAUGAUGCUGCAAAACGUGCAGGUAGCCGUAUACGACCUCGACUCGAAGUCGACAUUUGACGUGCCUAGUUAGCAAAUUUGCAUGUCCAAGCUUGGCUUCUAUCAGGAUUCGAUUUGAACGCUUCAAUGAACCGAGGA